AUGUUCGAGGUGCGUCAAGGCACCGAAGCCUCUGUAAGGGAACAUGCAUGGCCAUAUUCCAGAGGACCCACGUAUCGAUUUCAAGUAAUCGAUCAUGUGAGGAAUGCUGCUCCUCAUGACGCAUCGUCUUCAACAGAGAAGACGGACUUGGAGACACGGAUUUGGAGGCUGUGCGCCAGCCUUCAGAGCGUUCUGGAGCGGUCUAGAACGAAGAAGAGGUGGAGUAGGAGGGAUAAAAUCUUUCCUACAUAUACAACUUGCUGUCAAUGCUUUUUUCAACCCUAUGAACAGGAUGUUUCUAGGGCUGAUAUGUAUCUCGAUAGUGGAGGAAAUUUGCACGGGCCGCUGGAUUUGAAGCAUUCUUCCAAGUUGGAUGGAAUGAGGAAGUCCGGUGGCAGUUUCAUCAAGAGGUCGUGGGUUGAAGGACAGCGAUCACAGUCUUCCACAAGAUCAGAAGGCAGGUUUAAAAGUCCUGGCUUUUCGGGCAGCAUUCUAUCAAAUGCCUUCCCAAUGUCUCUAACCCUGGCAACUCAAGAGAGUCCCAACGCUAGGAGUGAUGCAGCAGUGAAAGUUGUUGACAAUCCAUCCCUGGGUCAUGCAAAGUGUAUGAUAAGGAGCAGUUCCACUGAAACAUUUCCGACCAUCCCCAAGGUCAGUAAAAGGUCAUCAAUGGUCAUCAAAAGUCAUCAUCAGGUGAACGAUCCGGUGGAAGAGUCAGGGGCCAAUUACCAAACGCUUGAUGGUUAUCGCUCAAGGACUUACUCGGAGUCCAGAGGUCAUGUGAGCGCCGAGAUUGAUGGGCUAUUGGACGAUCUCAACCGGAUGCGGCAUCGCGAGAACCUUAGCAACCGCACGAGCAUGACUCGCUGGUCGUCUCUCGGCACAGUUCGUGGCGAUGGCGGUAGAUACAGCACCACCCUAAUCAGACGACAUAUGAAGCGCGGUCGCGAGCCUGUGGAUGUUUACCUCCAGAAACCGUUGACCUCGAAUCUGUCUAAGGUGGAUCUACUGUCAGUGGACAACCGCAGCGUUCUCCGUGUCUCUCCGGUCACGCUACAAGAGGAAAAUCGAAGCUCUGCUCGCGAACAGCGUCUGAUAGAUGAGUUGAUGGAGACGAGACGCGAGUUACAGCGCACCCGUAGCAUGAUGUCGGAGGAUGGAAAACGGGGCCUUAACUAUGGAUCUACGCUGAAGGUUCCUAUCAACAAUGAGGCGUCGAGAAACCACAGUAUGAGAGCCAAAGGCAAGUUUGAAAUUAUCUCUGCAUGCAUGAAGCUAUCGCAUGAGCGGAGCUUAUAUAAAUAG